GUCUCAGCAGUUGGCGGCCGACGCCAAGAAGCGCGAGAGGAAGCUGGAACACGAGUUCGCGAAGCUCACGAGGUGGCGGGCUGAGCUGGACGAUCAGAAGCGCCUGGUUCUGCAGUGCAAGGAGGAGCUUCCCUCGGCCGACAGAUUGUACCAGGAGUGCGUGCAGGAGCUUGCGGCUGAGGCGUUGUCCAAAGCAGAGGCCGUCCCGCCUUCGAAUGUGGAUAUCAAGGGUUUUGUCGAGGACAGAGGCGAUUUCGAGACAUUUUUCGACCUCGACCGCUUGCUGGAUGUGCGCAAGGUCACGAUGUCCGAGGCGAUCAAGAAGCUCGCGUCGGACAUCUUCACGGGUCUCACCAAGAAGCGGAAGACCGACGACGGCGUCAAG